AUGGUCUAUGAUCUCACUCUUGUACAAAGACGAAUCACCAUCUACUGGGAUCAUCGCAACAUGCGAUUUCGACACAACCGUGACCAGCGUAUCUCUGGUUCUCUCCUUCGCACCUGCAAGACAGUUCAUGCCGAUGCCAGAGCCCUGAUGUACUCGACCACAUUCGAGUUCGAGAACAUGGAUUACCUCGAAAAAUGGCUGAAUAAAGUCGGCCCGGGAGUUGUCAAUAUACGAAACAUUAGACUGACACGCUCAUUCCAGGCGUCCUUUGCUCAAAGUUACGGUGUUAAUCUUCCGAUGUGGAACCAGCGAGAUUACAGAGCUACCACACGACGGGUUGCCAAGCUCCUCAGUGCCUGCCAACAUCUCGAAAGUCUGGACUUGGGCUUCUUGUACACCACGGUGUACCAGACGGCGACCCUGAUCGAGAACAAAGAUAAACCUGCGUACUGGCAAAAGGAGGCACGACUUCUUGCCGAGAUGGUGUUUAGCGAUUUGUCCGUCCUGCUAAGAGCGGCCAAGGCUUCCGGCAAGACGCUGGAUCAAGUGGCGAGCUUGCCUAAAAUUCACCACAAGAACUUUGAAUGUAUUAGACACCAUCCCUCCAAUGUGGCGAAUGGUCAGCCAAGUCGAGAGACAGCUUGUCACAUGAAGUUAUUGAUUGCGAAGUACAUCGGAAACUGA